GUAAAAACAAAAUGGCGGACGACGGCGUAAUUUAGCCUGCAUAGGACAUAUGUAGUUUAUUUAACAUGAGGAAUUUCAUUUUUGUGGGAUUUGUUUUCCAAUUUUGCAUCUGCAAGCCAGGAACUGCUUUGUAUUCUUUAGAAGAACUGAAAAUCUACAAUUUCUUUUUUGAGCCGUAUGGAAUAAUUUUUCGAAGCGAUCUCAUCUUGAAUACUUCACCAGACUCUAGCAACUGUACAGAUCAAGAAGAGGCCUAUGACAACUGCAGAAUGAAUGUUUUGAGUCUGCACGAUGAGGAGCUUCAGAAUUUGUCAAACAUAUGUCCCAGAAGCAGUUAUAAUUGUUUCCAUAAUUACACAAUGAAUUUACACCCUAAAUUCAGAACAUGGCUUGGGAAAGUGCAGACUACAAUGGAAAAUUGGUGCAAAAAUCACUGUUGGAAAACUAUGCAGCUUAUCACUAAGAAGUGCAUCUUGACAGAAAAAUCAAUGAUAAAGGUAAUACAGUGGCAAUAAUUUAUGUUAUAGUCGGCUGAGACUAAGGAAGUAGGAAAUAUCUGCAUUUGAGCUACGUACGCCUCUUUUGACCACAUGAGAGUAUCAUGGUUGUCACAGAUCAGGAGUUGAAAUGAAAUAUGGAAAUUGUAGCACCAUUUAUCCAAUAAGACAGACGGCUAGAAUAGGUGAAAAUUUUAAAGAUUUUUCUUGUUUAUCUUACACACUCUUUUUGAAUUUCUCAGAAGGUUAUCAGUUUUAAAUAUCAGUUUGUUGGGCAAUAAUGUUUUGUGGCUUCGUCAUACCUAAACAUUUGCUGAUUUGUUUGUAUCUUGCAUAGGAGGAUGACCAAAAGUACAUCCUGUUUGUGAAUGAAUUUCUCAAGUCUCUCUGUCAGCAGGAUGGAAAUUCUUCAUGUGCUAAUAACUUCAUUAAUGGGCUACUGAAGAAUGAAACAGGAAGUUCACUCCAGGUAACACAGAUUUAAAUAAUUUUCCCUUAAAAAAUUAUGAACACUCACUUUACUUGUCUGCUAUUUCAGAUACAGUGAAUCUAAGAAAGUGUAGACAACUAAAAUAGUAGACAAAUUUGAGAUAAAUAUUCCAGUUGAAAAUGGGAUUUAAUGUCCAGUUUAAGUGCUUGUAGAAAGUUACACUGUAAUUCAAUGUUUUUUUAUCAAAUUUUAAAACUACUGGUAUUCAGAUUUCUUCAGCAAGCAAAAUCUUUUAUAAACUUCUUCAGAAAGGUUUGAAUAUUUUACACAUAUUCUCUGAUACAUUUAUACACUAAUAUAAUGUAGGCUUGUCCAUGCACUCAAAUGUUGUUGUUGUUGUAAGCAUUAAUAAACAACAAACUAUUGCCUUUUCAACUUCUACUCUUGUUUCCUGCCCUCCCACUGUCCUUUCUCUCCCUUCCUUGUUCUCCUGGGCUGUGGCCCCUUUAUCCCCCUCCACCAACAAGUAAAUAGUCAAACAUUCUUCAGUGCCAGUUGUUUCAAAUGGAAUUAAAAAUGAAUCCUGGAAUAUCUACAAGAUGUAGAUGUUGCCUUGACAAUUAAACUUUGACUACUGGGAGUUGUUUACAAAGAAAUGUGCCAAUAGUUCACUGAGGUUUACACUUGCAAUGACAUGUGAUGAUCAUAAUUAUAACUUUCACAUAUGUCUAACCAUAUUUUUUUUAGAUAUAUCAUAGGUAAAAAUACACAUUUAGUUUUUAUGAAUUGCUUUCUGGAAACUGAUAUCUUAUUUUGCUGCAUUUUCAAACAGAUUUGUAAUGUUCCCCAAAACUUGAAGGAAAAUAUGUGUUCAAGCCAGUGUCAUAAGGUACACUAUUUGCUGAUGAGUUCUGUUUAUGUUAGAGAAAAUAAAGUAUUGAAAUUUAGUUAUCUCCCUGAAUUUCUGUCAACUGAUGAGUAAUUUGGGUGUUAAAAUUAACAAACAUUAUUUUCCAUCUAGGAUGUGGGGAACUUUUAUAACACCCUUGGCUGCUGUGUUGGGUCAGUUUUGAACAUCAUGGAUUGCUACAGGUUGGUGUAGUUAUAUCACAAGUAUUAAUAUUAGUUGGAGUCAAUGUUAAGGUUAUGAGAGCCAGUAAGAUGAAAGAAUAAGUCAGUCUGCACUAAUUUGUUUUUACUAUUAACCCUCUGCACACAAGACUGCUGGAUUCUAAGACUAUGCUUUCUGCUUUGCUGACAUGCACAACCUCAACAUGGACUGUUUUUGAUGUGGAUGUUAACCAGCUACAUGUACAAAAUGUUGAAUUGCACUGGUUUUACAUUUUCAGUAAUAUACUUUUGUUGUUUAUUUAUAAUUGAAUCAUUUCUCUUCCACAGGUAUAUUUUUUUGUUGUUUUUACAUUUAUUCCAUUGUUAUCUAAAAUAAUUAUCAAUAAAAGUCUUAUUGAAAUUUUUGAACUGUUUACUUGCAGACUUUGUAGUUUGCCAAGGAUUUUACUUGGUGAAGUGAUUAUUGUGCAUAUCACUGACAAUAUUCUUCUUUACAGAAUCAAACCAAGGAGCAACAGUUAUGGGGUUUUUGUAAAAGAUGGGAAGAGGUGUAACUACAAAAUGCCACCAGCAUGCACAGCAAAUCCCAAGGUGAGAUUUUUUCUUUAGGGGUGCAAUUAAACCAUUUGUUAUGAUUUUAGGUCAUCAAAAUGGCAACUUUGGAAAAAAUGUUAGCUGGGAACUCUGAUAAUCAGAUUCUCAAAGUGUCCAAGUUGACAUUCUUUGUAUUGUUUUGCUUUAGUGCUCAUUAACACCUUCAGGAAAUCCCACCUCACCUCCGGCAAAAAAUUCAUUGGAAGGGAAGCAGAUUGCAGGUGUUGUUAUUGCUGUGCUGAUCUGUUCUGCUGGAGCUGCAAUUGUUGGAAACUACUUUUACAGGCGCAUGAAGAGAAGGCAAGCAAUUCGCUUUGAAGACUACGGCUACUCAAGACUCAAGAUGCUUGAGGAUGAUUUUUACCAUGAUGUUGAGGAUGAUGAUGAUGAAAACUCUGGAUUAGUUCAGAUGUAGCACUGCUGUUUCCCUGGCAGGAAACAUUCCUGAAAAUGCUUAUUUUAUAGAACGGAAUCAGAUGAAAGUCUAGAGGAUCCUAGAUAACUCAAGAGUAUCUUGACAUAAUAUGGUUCUAAUUGUGAAAUUUUGAUACAACCAAAACUUUUUUAAAAUAGAAAUGAUGGUUGUCAUGUUCUCCUGAACUUCACAGCUGCCAAAUCUUAAGAGAACAUAUCAAGUCCAUUAAUGAAAGUUAAAUUUUGUAUUUUUAUAAUUAGAAGGUAUUUAAAACCUAGCUAUAAAGAUUUACAUUAAUACCAGUAUUUCUACAUAUAGGAAGCAAAAUCCAAGGAAGUCCCUUUUGUUAAAUUAGAUUAUGUAUUGAAAUCCCAUGCAGAUAUUAAACCGAGAAACACAUAAGUAAGGCAGAAGAAAGUAACUAUUGAUCACCUGGUCAGCUUGUCUAUUUGGUUUAUGUGGAAUGUAAGUGACUUGAGGAAUAAAAUUUUGAUGAG